AAAUGUAGAUGUGUUGUUUUUGGUUCAUCAAUACCUGUGUAUGUUAAAUAAGUCAGAGUUUUUAUCAAUACUAGAAGCAUGUUGUUUAGAAUUCUUGGAUGAAAAUUGUUUAGAUAAUUAACCUUGGAAUAUUAACGCCAAUCGAAGUGAGAUACAGAAUUCAGAUAUUAUAAAACAUGUCGGACGGUACAGAAAUAUUAAACAGAAUUUAUAAUCCGAAUCUUGCCCAUGUGCUACAUCCUGUUACUCUUCAGCAUAUGGCGAGAGAAUGGCUGAAGGAAGACACCCCUAACUUUGAUUAUGGUGGGUUUGUGGUUGGAGAAAAGGAAGAAACAGCAUUAUUAUUGAUGAAGGGCGAGGGGGUUUUGGCAGGAGUACCGUUUUUUAAUUCCGUCUUUAAGGAGUUGGAAUGUACAGUUACAUGGAACGAAGAAGAAGGAAACUUUAUUGAACCAAUUAAAUGUGUUGCUACUGUGUUCGGCAAAGUCCGUCAACUUUUGCUCGGUGAGAGAGUAGCAUUGAAUUGUCUUUCAAGAGCAAGUGGUAUUGCCACAUUAGCUAGAAGAUUACAUAACGUAGCAGAUAAUGCUGGUUGGAAAGGUCAGAUUGCAGGGACAAGGAAGACCACCCCUGGAUUUAGACUUGUAGAAAAAUAUGCUCUUUUAGUGGGAGGAGUCUCCACACAUAGAUACGACCUUUCCUCCAUGAUAAUGCUUAAAGACAACCAUAUAUGGACUGCUGGCAGUAUUAGUAAAGCAGUAAAAGAUGUCAAAACAAUUGGUGGAUUUUCUACAAAAGUGGAGGUAGAAUGUCGGAGUGUGGAAGAUGCAGAAGAGGCAGCACGUGCCGGUAGUGACGUAGUUAUGUUGGACAAUUUUAAACCCGAGGCUUUAAAGAAGGCAGCUGCAGUCUUAAAAUCAAAGUUUGAAAAUACAUUGAUAGAGGCCAGUGGAGGAGUAACUGAAGAGACAUUAUCCCAAUAUUUAUUACCGGAAGUAGAUGUAGUUUCCCUUAGUCGCCUCACACAAGGAUACGACACUGUGGACUUUUCAUUGAAAAUUCAGAAAGAUGGAAUCGACCCUACGAACAAACCAGUUGAACAAAUACUGAAUAAAAAAUAGUUCAUUUAAA